AUGAACACAAGUAAGGGAGCCAGAGACGUUUUGAAAAGAACGUCGGAUUUUCUGCAAAGUGGUCUUGUCAGCGAACAGCCAGCUUGGUACAAGCCGGUUGCGUACCAUCCUCCGCAGAGAAUGGAGAAUAAGGUUGUUCGUCCUGAAAAAUUCGACGGGCUGAGAAAGCUUCGAGUUCCGACCAGGAACGGAGACCUUUAUAAAACGAGACUGAGACCUGCCGAUUUCAAGUACAGUCUGAUAAAGCCACAACAGCUGAAGUUCUUCGAAGACAAGAUCAGAAACGUGUUUUAUAAACAACAUCCUUGGGAAUUGGCGGAUCCAAAAUCGUUGAUUGAGAACGAGCACACGAUAGACAACAAGAACCAAGAUUGGUCUCGGAUGAAGCAAUUGACCAAGAAGUUGGAUGGAGAGAGCGUCGUGCAGCGGACCAUGUACAUCAUCAAGAACGAGAACCUGACGUUGACGGAAGCUUACGAAAAAGCCAAAUUCGAAUACUACAGACUCAAGAUCGAAAACGAGACCGAGAUGAACGUUGUUCGUGAAGAGCACGAGAUGUACGGUGCUGUUUACCAGAAAUCACUCCUUGAGCAGGGUUUCGACAAGGAGACAGAGUUCAUCCAGAAGUGGAAGGUGAGAGCUUUGGACGAGACCAAGAUCGUGGAGGCCAAGUCCAGCAACCAGAUUUCCGAGCUAGGAGCAGACGAAGAUGCUCCUAUCGACGAGGAGGCGAUCUUCAGCGAACUGAGAGAAGAAGAAGACUUUGGCGACGUUCCAGAAGGGCAGUCCACCCAAUAA